GGGCCCGAUGGGCAUCCUAAUUACGCUGCUCGAAGGCGCCAAGAAGAGUGGACUAGUUUAGCGAUGGAUAUAAAAGAUCGCUUGGAGUCCGUUCAAAAUGCCGUCAAAGAUCAGUCUGCCAGUCCCGACCUUCAAGUCCUGGUUUCCAACUAUUCUCAAGAACUUGAACACGUUCUUCGUGGCCUAAUCCUCUCAAAUAGAAGCCAAUCGAGUUCCACCAAGGCGGUCCUAGGAACAAUCAAGACAGCUUUAACAGUGGAUAAUGAAAGGGAAAAGAUCAAACACUCCAUCGCUCAAAUGAACGAGGCCUACAAUCGAUUCAUGGUCGGGUUGCAAAUACUUAUUCGAAAGGGUGUAGAGGAGCUUCAAAAUGGACAAACUCAUAUUCAUCAGACGAUUCAAGAUCAUCGAACGGAGCACGCUGAGAGCUACGCUCAAAUCCGCGCAGUCUACCAGGAACAACUAGAAGCGAAGAAUCAGUUUAUCGAAGCAGAAGAGAUUAACCUUAUCAAAGGAAUGGUGACGGCUCAUCUGGCCAACGGAAGCGUACAUCAGAAGUGUAUGAAUGGAACUCGUCAUUCAUUGUUAGGAGAAAUAGAUGAAUGGCGAGUUAAAUCGGACUCAAGUCAGAUUCUCUGGCUUUCUGGAGUCGCUGGAGUCGGGAAGUCCACGGUGGCGAGGGAGCUGGUCGAUAAAUGGAAGCUAGAUGGCCACCUCGCGGGGUGCUUCUUCUUUUCGCGGGAUACGGAGGAAACCCGUGUCUCAAGACUCUUUUUCACUACCGUUGCUCAACAAGGGCUUUCACGUCUCGAUUCCCAAGCCCAGACCGUUGUCGCAGACGGGAUCCGCAAACUAUUCGAUCCACUUUCCGCCACACUAGAAGAGCAAUGCACUCAUUUGUUUGUAAAUCCCAUAAAAACAAUCCGAGAUCCAACUGUUUUAGUUCUGGACGCCAUGGACGAGUGUGAUCCUGAUGCUUGCGAACAACUAUUGCGCAUCGUUCUUUCAGAAUUAUCCAAUAUCCCUCUUCUCAAGCUCCUCAUAACCAGUAGGCCAGAGGUUCAUAUUCAAAGGCAGCUAGAGCUUCACAAGGUUCAAGAGAUCUCACUUCGUCUGAACGAUGGGUCGAAUACCCAAGACGUUGAGACCUAUAUGAGAAGUCGCUUACAAAAGGUGAACUUCCCAGAGGAUCAAGUCCUAAAGCUCGUUGAGCGCGCUGGUGGCUUGUUCAUCUGGGCGAAGACUGUAUGUGAUUUGAUUAGAAACCUUAGAGGCGAUAGAGACACAUUCAUCAACCGAGUCCUUGCUCAAAACCUUCGCCAAAUAGAUCCUAUUUACCGCAUUGCACUCGAGCAAGCUAUUGGAAGAAACGAUGAAGAGGAAAAUGUCCAAGCAUACAUGGCCGUUCUAAAGCUCAUAACUGCAGCAUAUGAACCAUUGUCGCCCAAUACAAUUAAUCGACUCCUCGGUAUACCAAAUUCGAUGGACAUUAUCAACGAUUUGCGAAGUGUACUGGAAUGUCGUGGUCCAGAGGAAGUCGUCCGAUUCUUGCAUCCGACCUUUCGAGACUUCCUCUGUAACUCCCCAAAUAUCGACUUAUAUCGUGUAGAUAUAAACAAAGCUCAUGGAUUGAUUGGCAUCGGAUGUCUUAAAAUGAUUUACGAUGAACUCCAUUACGACACCUGCAAGCUCUUUGAUCAUCGUGACAGAGUCCUCAAACCCGAAGCACUGGAAGUUCUUCGUAUCCAAAAUAUCUCCUCGGCUCUGAGGUAUAGCUGCAGUUUCUGGGGUAUUCAUUUGACAUCUCAAAUGAAGGGAACAGUCCAAAGAGACGAGGUCAUUUCACACAUCGAGACAUUUUUCACGAGAAAUCUCCUGGAUUGGUUAUAUAUUAUUGGUGUACAAGGCUCUAUUGAUAAUGCCUUCAAUAUGCUUCGUGAGCUUAUUGCUACCGGUAUUCAAGUAUAUGCUAGAUCAAUCUUGUUCCCUCAUCCCACCAUUACCAUGGGCACUGAAUUAGACUGGCCCUCCACCAUGACCGUUCAAACGUAUGACAUCCAGGCUUCCAUUCUCUUACCUUUCGAUGAUCUCCUGGCGACUGGUGGACAAAGGGAAGACAUGCCAGUAUUCUCUGUUUGGGAUAUAAAGACGACAGAUGGGGUGACAUGCACCCAUCCUUGUGGAGCCAAGCAUUGUGCUGUCACACAUCUAUCGUUCAUUGACAGCGGUGAUACUGUGCUCUUACACACCGGAUGCAAUUGCGGCAAGUUAUGUAAAUGGAGAGUGUCAAACUAUCACUGCUCAUUAUUGAGUCAGAUAACCUUCGAGUCCGAUGGUAUCUGUAUUGCAUGGGCAGAUGAUGGAACUAAGGCCAUUACAUUCUGCAUGAUAGAGCAAACAGGAUACAAAAGGAACCAGAGCCGAAAAUACUAUUGCAAUACAUAUACAGAUGAUGGUUCAUCUACUCGCUGUCAAAUAUUUGAUGGCCAGAAGGAAGGAGAGGAAAAAGGUAAUAUAACGAGUCGGAUCCCGUGGAUUCGAUUUACGCCAUGCUCCGGGAAGAGAUUCAUUUAUUGGACCUCGAAUCUAUCAGGGAAUAAAGUUGCCAUCUUUGAGUCUUCCUCGGGUAGACUGAUCUCCCAGGAGUCAUACCCUCAGAAUUUGAAAGAAAUGCACUUUUCACCAGAUGGAAGGAACAUUCUCCUAUGGUUCAGUUCCUCUCAGCGGCUCAAACUGGUAUCCUCUGAAGAUGGUAGUGAUCUAUGGGACUGGAUAUUGCAGGAUGGAUUCAUCAAGAAGGUUCAAUUCUUCCCAAACACAGCCCAGGUUCUCUUGCUUAGCACUUCUACAACUUACAUCGUCGAUUCACUGAACGGCUCGACAUUAUACAGGCGAGAUACUAGUGAAUCAUUGCUUCCAUGUUGUUCUGUCAUCUCACCAAGUGGCGAGAGAGUUGCCGUUCACUCUAGUGGAAAGGUCGAGAUAAUGGACCAUACACUUGGGGAAUAUAGGGAAGAACAUUCGGCUGAAGAAAGGGGUCACCUCCUGCAUUUCUCUUGGGCCCAUUCAACUCUAGUAUUCAUGCAAGAUCAUUAUGAUGGUCGGUCUGCCCUCUCCUUCCAACGUUUAUCCUCAAGUAUGCCGGCCGUGGACACUACAAGCGACCCGAACUCGUGUGUAACGAACGUUUUCCUCUCCCCAAACGGUAAAUUUCUCCUGACCGUCCAUAAUGGCGAAUCGUUUUGUCUAUGGAAUACGGCAUUGGGCCUCAAAAUACCUAUUGUUGGGGAUGAAGGCAGUAGAACGUUCCAAAGUCCUCAGAUUCAAUGGGCGAAAGACUCUUCGGCUGCAUUAAUCUGGUCUUCAGACCGGUUAGUUCUAUUUAGGACAAACACAGGAUAUAUUCAAACUAUAUUACUACCUACCAUCACCCCACAUAUGCUUGAUGAAUCCACCUACCUCUCUAUUUGCCGCGUACCUUCCCCACCUGAAUCUAUUCAUGAGCUUUUAGUUUCCCCUCAAGACCAGUCGGUGGCCUUGAUCUGCGAACAGAAUCUAGGGAUCUUAGAUCUUGGUGAUGGAUCCUAUAUGGAUCCGUUGGGUCAGGGUAAAUUCCGUGGGGGCGGAUUUUCCCCAGACGGUACGCGUUUCUGUGCCCUGGAAUCAUCAGCCUAUCUGAACACCGUAUUUAUCGUGUGGUGUAUCGAAAUUCCAAGUCAUUCUGUCCGCAAAUGUCAUAUUCAACUGCAGCCUACCUGGCAUUGGCCAAAGCUACGAUCUGUUACCAACUUGACCUCCGAGAAUAGAUCGAUAUUGGGCACUUUGACCUCACAAA